AUGAAUUGCGGUAGAUUCGUACAAAGAGCAACAACGUUGUCUCGGUCAUUUGCCUCAAAGCAACAACAAACAUUGCGAGCAACAAACACCAAAUUAAAUACAUCAUCUUCACAGUUAAAUAUCAAAGUUGCCAGCGUCAGUUCAAUCAAAUGCAACAACAUGCCAAAAUUUACACCAAUCAAUAUAAACAUAUCAACACCAAAUCUAUUGAAUAGUAGCAACAACAACAGUUUACUAGUGGUAGCUAAAAGAAAUAUAUUAUCGAAUCCAUUGGGUUUGUUGGAGAUCGCUGUUUCAGCUUCAAGUGUUAAACAAUUUGGUGGUGUUGAACAAUUAAUAAUCGGUCAGAUCGCCAAACCAGUUCCAAAAAAGAAUGAAUUACUGGUGAGAGUGAAAGCUUUUGCUAUCAAUCGUGCGGAUAUUCUACAGCGUCUAGGAAAGUAUCCACCACCUGCUGGUGAGUCGGAAAUUCUUGGUUUGGAGAUGUCCGGUGUCGUAGAGAGUGUCGACUCGGAACACUCUGGAAAGUUCAAGGUCGGUGACAAGGUGUAUGCGCUGGUCGGUGGUGGUGCCUACGGACAGUUCUGUACGGUCGAUGCCAGCAAUGCCUUGCACGUACCCGAUCAUCUCAACUUUGAGAAAGCCGCUGCCAUACCAGAGGCAUGGUUGACUGCCUACCAAGCGAUGUAUCUCGUCGGUAACUACAAGCGUGGCAACACCGUGAUGGUGCAUGCCGCUGCCAGUGGUGUCGGAACUGCACUGAUCCAACUCGCCAAGGAAGCGGGUGCACCAAUCAUCAUCGGUACCGCCGGUUCCGACGAGAAGACAAAGAUCAUCAAGGAACUAGGUUGUACCAACACCAUCAACUACAAGAACACACCAUCGUUUGCCACAGAAGUAGAGUCUAUCACAUCAAAGCGUGGUGUUGACAAUGUCUUUGAUUAUGUAGGUGCCAACUAUUGGAAUGACAAUAUGAAAUCAUUGGCAUUGGAUGGAACAAUGGUAAUUCAAGGUACAUUAUCGGGACCAGUUGUUAAAGAGAAUGCUAUUAUUGGUACUAUUUUACAAAAGAGAUUAACUAUUAGAGGAUCUACACUGAGAUCUAGAUCAACUGAAUAUAAAGCAGAUUUGAUCGAUAGAUUCGAUCAACAUUGUACCAAUUUAUUUGCCAACGGUACAUUGAAACCAAUCAUCGAUCGUGUAUUCAAUGUCGAUGAGAUUCAAGAAGCACACAAGUUUAUGGAAGGUAAUCACAAUAUUGGUAAAAUUGUUGUAAGAGGUUUUGAUGAUUAA